AUGCAUACUCUUCCCGCCGCAUCCGUCGUCGGCCACGACUUCCUCGGCAACCACAUUGGCGAGCUUCUCAUCCGACAACCCGUCGAGAGGAAUGCUCCUCCACCUCGCACCAACCAGACCUCCUCCAGUGGAGGCAUUGUUGGUGCACCAGACGCCAACGCAGGACGUCGCUCUUCCAUCGCCUCCCAGCAUACAGCUUCUGUUUCUUCUGCUCUAUCCAAGUUUACUCAUGGCGGCAGCGCAACAUUGGCGCUUGAUUCGUUCUUGAGUGUUGGCGCCAUCACACCUCUCGGCACUUCGACCGAUCCCAUUGCUUCUCUCGCACAUGCAAGCCAAAGUUCUUCUAAACCCAGCUCAGCCGGUAGCCGAUCCGGAAGUGCAGAUGUCGAUGUGCUGAUUCACCUCGACCACCUUCCUCUCGCACGCACCAGGCAUGCAUCCGAGGGCGGCUCAACGUCACCACGAGUGGGUUUCAUCACCAGCUUCGGCGCCAAAUCGCGCAGGUCUGCUGGCAGUCGACGGGCUCCUUCCGAAGCAGGUUCUUCUGGCUACUUUGGCAACCCGAGCUCCCGCAUGAGCACAGCCAGCAUGUCACCCAUGGAACAGCAACCAGAAGCGAUCACUUGGAACCUACCUUUCCGUGACCACCACCAGUCCUUCGCCCAAGCCAUCGAGCAAAUUGAUACACUCAAUCCUAACCUUUCGCAACACAGUCACAGCUCGGAUGCUGCUUCUUUACAGCACUCGAAGCCAACUACGUCCUUCUCGAGCGUUGAAGAGGAGGUCGCUACUCCAACCACCUCCAAUGGUGGCCGUGAAGCUCGUGUGCACAGCACCAGCACAAAGAGCCAGUCGUUUUCGGCUACGGGAUCGGCCCAGCCUGUUCGACAGCGUAUCACACGGGCCGCAACCGAAUCCACACUGGACCCCAUUGGACAGGUGCAGAAGCUUGUCAAGUCGCCUGGCGUCUCUGCCGGCCCAUCUGCAUGUGGGCUGUCUCACUCAAACAGCAUGGGUGCUGGUACUUCAGCACCACGUGGACACCGAAAGAUGCCAUCAUUGAUUCCUAAAGGUGACGAUGAGCGCACUUUCUGCUUCGUUGAGUCUCCUUCCUCAUCGAGCGAGGCUGAGAUGGACGAUGCCGCGGCGGUGCAGGAGCCACAAGUAGCUACCGACACCAGCUUGACUUCGCAGGAUGCUCAAGCCAGCUUGAAGCCUGCUCAGCCUACUUCGGAUCACUCGGACUCUUCAGACUCGUACAAGCAUAUCGUCGAGGUGCAAUACAGCGUCCAUCGCCGAGCCAGCAGCAGAGCUCAGCAUACCUCAAGGACGUCUACAUCCACUUCCUCUGGCACGAGUAGCGACGCACAGCAUCAAGAGAAACAAGACGAACAGAAAAGCACCUCCACUACAACAACACCGGUCGACCGCGACCAAGAUACCCCGCUUGUCUCUUUGUUCCCUUUCAAACCUUUCUCUGUCGCCGCUCAAAAUGGUCUAUCGCGACCCGCACGAAAGCUCCGAAUCAAGCCCAACAUGCAGUCCAGGCCAAGUCUUCUCGAGAAGACAAUGGAGGAUAUGCGUCGCACAAGUCGUCAAGCACAGGCAGCUACUGCCAAUGGUGUUCCUGCUCAGACUCGAUCUCCCGCAGUCACUCCAAGUGCUAGCGAGAAGGCUCCCGAGCUUGCUGCCACGUCCAAGGAAGCAGGCGAACGAUAUGAUCCUGUUGCAUAUGGUUCUGAACAGCGAACGUUCCGCAUCCAGUCACCUUCUUCAGCAGCUCAAGCAGGCGCACCUGGGUUCCCCUUCGCCGCCAUCUCCUCAGAGGCAACCAAUGGCGAAAGGAAGGAACACCCUGCUAGCUUUGCACGCACCAGCGACUGGGCACGCGAGCAAAACAGGCUGGCCAGCUCGCCACCGGCUAAUGACCAAGGUGUUUCGCGCUCUGGAUACUUGGACCUCCAAGGAUCUUGUGCUUCACUUCCAUCGGCACAAGCAUCACUACCUGCACCUAUGCCAUUGCUUCGCAAUCACACGGCCAGCCACAGUUCAUCGUCCACCGAUAGCCCGAGCUUGCUCGACACAAGGGAGUUGCUGAGUCCACCAGAGACUGCUAUCUCUACGCCUGAACUCGAAUCUCCUCCCUUGCUCAACAAAGCUGCGCUUGGCAGCAGCAGUGGACGACGUUCUUCACCACUCUCUUCCUAG